ACCUUUGGUAAGAAACUACUGGCGAGACAUCGAGGCAGGAACUUUUCCGUGCUUGCAAUUUGGAGGCCCGAUCGUCUGAGAAAAGUAUUUCUUCAAUGCUCGAGAACACGUAGGCGUAGGAUGGGCAUAGGAAAACAUUCAGAGGAGAGUAGUAGUACCAACUUUGAGCUGGAAUUUACCCGUCCUCGCUGGAUCAGCAACCUUAAACGCACAACUUGGAACAGAAAAUUCAAUGAGAAGUACAUCAAAAUCAACUUCGAUAAAAGACUGAGUCUCAGUAGAAGAUUUUACAGCUAUCAAUGUCUGGUUCGAAAACAUGUCCAAAGAGUGUACAUCUUUCAAGUGAAGAUACCCAUAUGGUUUGUAGGUGGGAUCCUCUCUCACUAA